AUGUCUUCGGGAAGUGAGCCUCUGGAAAUAACUGGCAAUGAGCUGGUCCACAUUCUCAGGACCCCCCGGGACCAGUACACCUCUGCCGGGUGCGUGGUACUGGACUGCAGACCUUUCCUUGACUUCUCUUUUGCGCACAUUUGCGAGUCCCGGAAUGUCAACUGGAACUCGAUGCUGCGCCGGAGAUCCAAAAGCUCGGUGGUGGCACUGGAGUGGCUCAUCCCGGAUAAGUCGCUCGUGGGCCGGCUGCAGAGAGGAGAGUUCUCCCCGGUGGUGGUAGUCGAUGAGAGCAGCCACUCGGUGUCCGGGCUGAAGGCAGAGAGUGUGGCCCAGAUGUUACUAACCGCACUGCAAAACGAAGUGCACACACAGAUCUGCUUUCUACAAGGUAAAAGGACUAUUCUGUGACAAUAUGACACAAUUUAGACUGAACCUAUUACAUUUAAGGCUGCUAACAUGAGCUGAAUAAACUGAUUGUGAAGUUUGUAACCGGAGAAAAGCCUAUAUGAUCAAGUAUCUUUAAACUUAAACAAAAAAAGAAGCUUUAAAACAUGAAAUAGACGUGAUUUGAAUUGUUUUUUAUUAUAAAACUCGUGUGAACAAAAAAGUGUCUAUUUUAUGUUUUUUAUGGUAUAUUUUAUGGUUUACAUCGGGCCUUUUUGAGUGAAAGACAGGAGGCAUACAGCAAUCACAGUCCUAACCGCAACAUUUCAUUCACUCUAACUUUUAUGAAAAAAGCAAGUGUACACUUUUUAAAACUAUUUUCUUUGUCUGUUUACUCGUAUCUUUAUGUUAAGGUGUUGUUUAUGAGUGUAAAUAACUCCAGGAUCAAAUUUUAAGAACAAAACAGAGAGGCUCAUAGGCUUUAUUUCAUUUAUCCCACAUCAUUAUUCUCUUUUACUCACACCACAUUUAUAAGAAGGAUUUCUGUGAAAGAUUUGGACUUGGCUAAUUCUCCUGACCUCCAUUUAGGUGGAUUUGAGGGAUUUUCAGAGGCCUACCCAGAGCUCUGCUUCAGCUCUGCCAGUGUCUCUAAAGCAGAACCAGAGCCAGUUGGGACAGGACGGACGACACCAGCAUACGAUCAGGUGAGAUAAAAUCAACUCUUAUAUGUCACAAACCUUGAUGAAUUACAGUAUGAAAUUCAUUUAACCAUAAGUUUUAAAUCCUAGUGCUAAUUCUCUUGUCUUUUAAUUUGUAAAUGACAGGAUGGUCCAGUAGAGCUGCUGCCCUUCCUGUUUCUGGGCAGUGCCAUCCACUCAUCACGCAGAGAGACCCUCAAUGCAGCAGGUAUCACAGCCGUGCUCAACGUGUCCUCUACAUGUCCAAACUUCUACGAGGGGGAGUUUGAGUACCUGCGACUCACUGUGGAGGACAGCCUAGCUGCUGACAUCAGGGCCUGCUUCUCUACAGCUAUCGCCUUCAUCGGUAAGUUUUGUUUUGUUUUGCUUUUUACUUUUAAAAUCCUUUUAAUUCUGCACAGUUAGUCCUAAAGUAAGCUAUAUAUUUACACUCUUGUUGAAACUAAAUAUCCGAAAAAUGUCUCUAAGCAGCUUGAACAGCAUAAUCCUUUUGUAGGCUAGACUUAUGGACCAACAGUUCUCUUGUAUGAUUACACAACAACUGGAUUAUGCUGCACAACAUUAAAUGUUUUUGCAACUUCAGAUCACCUUCUUUGCAGAGUUAAGUCCAGGUUCAGGCAUAGUUAGAUUUAUUAGAGCUAAAUUUGGUGCACGCGUGUUUAUACCUGGGUGGGUGCUCCACUUUAACUCUUAUGAAACAUUUCCAGUAGGCAGUGGUAUAAAAUGAAACCCAUUAAUGUUGAUCUCUUGUUUCUUUCUGCUCCACCUACAGACUCAGUAAAGCAGAGUGGAGGUCGGGUGCUGGUGCACUGCCAGGCAGGUAUCUCUCGCUCGGCUACCAUCUGUCUGGCCUACCUCAUGCACACACAGCGCGUCAGGCUGGACGAGGCCUUUGAUUUUGUGAAGCAGAGGCGUCAAGUCAUCUCCCCAAACUUGGCUUUCAUGGGACAGCUGCUGCAGUUUGAGACUGACGUUCUCUGCCAGGGGUGA